GAAGUUUGCGGAACAAAGCAAACAAAACGCAAACAAACGGUCGAGGACAAUCGCAAAGAAAUACUCAACAAAACGAUAGAUCUCAAGGGCCUUUUGCAGAUUUAUUGUAUUCAACUUUUAGGUAAAUAAGAAACCAAAACAAAAUUCAUAGAUUGUUUGGAAAACUUUUAUGAAACUUGUUUUCGAACACUUGAUCCAGAUAUUUAGAAUUCUUGAAACAUUUGAGUCGCUGUACGGCAUGCCUCGAGAUGAUGGCUAUGGCGCGUUCAAACGACGACUCGAAUCUCCUGCAUCACAGAGAAAGCUUAAAAGAAGAAGUAUAGAGGAUAAUAGUGAAAACAACUCUCCUUUUGAGCUAAGUGAACGGAACUGUUUAAAGUCCCGUAAAAUCCGGAAACUUCCAUCGUUGGAAAACCUUCAGUCACCUAACAAUCCCAUAGGUGAACCCAGUCCUCCUGCACGACUUGACGAUUUUCUCACCAGUACCCCGCGGCUUAGGGAGGUGAGCGAACGCCUGGCACAAUUGGUUGCGUCUCCAAAUAAGGUCAUAACUCAGGCACGGACCAAGAAACAGGAAAAUUACAAGAAAGCGACGGAGGAACCGUCCUUGGAGGGUUUCUACACACGCAAAGGGAACACGUACAUUUGUCUAGCUUGCAAACAGCGCUUCAAGUAUUUCAGUAAUAUCAAAUCCCAUCUAAAAGUAGUUCACAGGAAAACGCUUGAAGAUUCCUCUCCUCUAUGCAGUCCGGAAAAUCCCCGAUCCAGUUCCAUCCAGUGUGAGAUUUGCGAGCGCAAGUUCAAGUAUUUAUCGAAUUUGAGGACGCACCUCAAGGUGCACAGUGUGGUCUAACUUCCGGUCAGCGGAGCGCAUAGUGAGCCUAGAACUGAAGAACCACUGCUGAAGAACACUUGUUCAAUGAUGGUGCAUAUGGUCAGCGGCUGCGGCUAUCAGAAGUAUUUGGACUUGUAAAAAAAGAUAAAUUUGCAACUGCUUUUGAAAUUAGCAUAGAGACAAAGAUUGAGAAGUGAUAGUCUUAAAAAAUACAAAGGUAGAAAUUAAUGAAUUAAAAAACGGAUUUAGA